AUGUACCUCCCGAAGAAUCCACAGAGACCGAAAGAAAAUCCAUUUGCAGUGCAGAAGUCACGGCGCUUUAUUUUUGCUUCUUGCGGCAUUGCGCUCCUUACAACAGGGGUGACGUUGUACUUUGCCCUGGAGAAGGCACGUGAGCGUCAACGGCGUCCCGAAGGCGCCUUGCGGCAGCAACGCACCGGCAGACGUGUUGUCAUCAUCGGCGCCGGCGCGGCUGGUUCGGCGCUUGCCGCAAGCCUCACGAGCGCCUCGCCAGAGCUGCACGUGACCGUGAUUGAGCGGGAAAAGAAGCAUGUCUUUCAGGCCAUGGUUCCCCUUGCCCACGUAGGGCACCGCAGCUACGACCUUAAUACGACCGGGGGAGUCGAUUUCCUGCGGUCACCUGCGACGUGGAACGUGACACGUGAUGCAUCCCUGGUGCAGGGUGAAGUUGUGCACGUCGACACCGCACGAAACGAGGUGGUUGUGGUUGAAGCUCCCCAGUCUGCUUCUGCAGCCGCGCCGUCAGCGGCACCAACGCCAUUAACGGCAUCCGCUGCGUCCAACUCCGCCUCCCUGGUAUCGCGCUGCGUGGCACUGCUGAAAAGUUGGUGGUCACUACUUGGUGGUGCGGCAUCGUCGGAGCGGCGCCGCUACCCGUACGACGCGCUCGUCGUCGCGUGUGGCGCGGAGCGAACAAUUGGGCCGCUGCAACGUUUUAUUUCGCCAUCCCAGGUGGAUCGUUAUCGCAUUGCGGUGAAUCCCGGGAUCACGCGUGACUGCCUGGUGCACUUGUUUCAAGGAACCGUGCUGCACGUGAAGGUGCCUCCUGCCUCCUUUGUGGCAGAUGGCAUCAUGCGGUACCCGUCUCGUCAGCACGACGGCACAUUUGUUGGCACCGUAAACACCAUUUGGCGCUACCUGUUCUACUUUAAUAAGCUCUCGCUCUGCCCGUACAUCGCGGUCACGGCGGACCGGCAGCCAAGCGAUGCCUUUCCUUCGUCUCUCAACGAUCGCAUAUUGUCCUUCUGGCGCAGUCGUGGCGUGGAUUUUGUCAAUUGCUCCUACCUUUCGCAUUUAGAUCCGGUGCGGAGCGAGGCAACGCUGUACAACUACGUCACGAGGGAAAAAAGGGUGGUGCCAUACCAGCUGCUUCUGCUUGAUCUUCCGCUUGCUGCGCCUGCCUUUAUCCGCAGUAGCGGACUGAGUGCCGGGACGGCGACGGAGGGGUUUGUUGAUGUCCAUCCUGACACGAUGCAGCACCGUGUCCACGCAAACGUGUUCGCCCUUGGCGACUGUGCCGCACUUCCAACGGUGAAGAGUUAUGGUGCUGUAUUUGCACAGGUGCCCGUCGUCAGCCACAAUGUUCGGCAGCUGCUGCAACACGCCGAUGAGGCGAAGGAGGCAAAGGCGGGUGCCGCAGCGUUGACGGCGGGGUUUGCGCGCUAUGACGGAUACUCUUCAUUCCACGUAGUCAUGACGACGUGGCGUGCCAUGUGGCCAGAGUUGAUGUACGGCAAGCCCCCCCUGCGUGCACGCGGCGAGGGCGGUUUCUACACGCUUGAGAGCGCCCCACUUGUACUGACAAACCACCACUUAUGGGACAACCUGGCUUGGAUCGACGUCCGUGGAUUUUUGAACGCGGCGUAUUACCAGCUUUUCUUUUACGAAGUGAUGUUUUACUUUCUCUUUACCAGGGCCGCGUGGCACCCGCCGAGCUGGUUCUCUGUGCCCACGUUUAGCGAAGAAAGCGGCGAGCGGCUUCACGGAGGUCUGAUGUGA